CGUCCCUUCCAUCAUCUACUCCCUCCCUGUCCCCCGCGUACUCGAUGCCCAUUCCCAUCUCCAACAUCGCACUCAAGGCCGACGUUGAUGACCUGGGCCUGUUGGCGGCUGGAUCCGCCUUCGAGCUUACUACUGACCGCCUCAAGCGUGCCUACCCACUCAUUUUACAACGUCUCAUCGACCUUGGCCUGGCUGCUGACAUCGACAAGUCCGACCUCCUCCUUCACCUCUCCACAAAGCAUCUCGACCUCCCUCCUGUCAACAUCACUCCACCCGGGCUUCCCCCGCGCUUCUUCCGCCCUCAGCCUGCCGUCCGCUGGCUUGGUUUCUGGCUGGUCGGUCAACUGUCUUUUUGACAUCAUGUCGAUUCAUGGCCGACCAUGUUCUCUCGGCUGCCUGCACCCUCUGUGUUCUUGCCAACGCCGUCCGUAACCUGUCCAUUCAUAUGGUUCGCCUCCUCUCAGGCUAUGUCUGGCAGUCCAUGGGGUACAAGGAUCAUACCCAACAUACCGGGACCUGCCUGCACAUCGUUACUGAGUGCCCGUGCCAUGCUCAUGCCCGUCACAUCCUGCGCGAAGCGUCGCUUACGGUCUGUAUGGUGACCGUUAUCUUCUCCAUCCCAAGGGCCUCCGCGCACUCACGUCCUUUUAUGCGAAGACUUCUGCAUUCGCGAAGACAGCCCAACCCCCAUGCCUGCCAUUGACCUCGGGUAAGCUGUUUCAUGUUCCCUUACUACCACGGACUGUCAGUGGCUGUCUACCAUAUGUACACAUCAGCCUAGUCCACUCAUCUUCACACCCUCUCCAC